UCCUUAGCUGUCAACCCAAUUUAGAUAUGUUGUGUUCUUUAAGCAAUUUUACUUUGUUGGGUUUGUUUAAACCAGAGAAAAAUUUAACUCUGACAUUACAAUACACAAUUCACUUGAAAGUUCUGGAGAAAUUGAUAUUGGCCAAUAAAGAUAAUUUGGCACAUGUUGUCACGCUUGAUUUGAAGCCAGCUGGAGAGCUAAGAGGAUUUUUGAAUAUCAAGAAACGCAUCAAUGCUGUCCUCGUUGUUAAGAUCAGCAAGCGAAGCGUUCUUUGGAUCUAUAUUGUUGCUUCUUUGGGUGGCUUACUAUUAUUGACGUGCAUUUCUCUUCUAUUGAAAAGACGUGGUUUCUUUAAACGACUGUCUAAAGAGGAUAUGGAACAAACUUUUAAAGAAAAUGAAGAGAAAGCUCUUAUGCAUAAAAGCCUCGAUGAAUGUGUUGCUGAAAUGGAAGAAACGGAACAAGAGUUGCCAGAUGUUGAGUGCACUAAAAAAUAAAAUGAAAUGAAAUUGGGCAAUACGAUGCCCAGAUUUUUCAAAUGAAAUUUGUUUCAGAUUGUUUAGAAAUUCCAAGGUCGAAAUUGA